AUACCACUAACCUUUGUUGUGGCGAAUGCGAUUAGCAUUUCUACCGCUCCUAAGGAAAAGCCAUGCCUGAACCCUCCAAAUCUGCUCCGGCCCCGAAGAAGGGCUCCAAGAAAGCCAUCACUAAAGCGCAGAAGAAGGACGGCAAGAAGCGCAAGCGCAGCCGCAAGGAGAGCUACUCCAUCUAUGUGUACAAGGUGCUGAAGCAGGUGCACCCCGACACGGGCAUCUCGUCCAAGGCCAUGGGCAUCAUGAACUCGUUCGUCAACGACAUCUUCGAGCGCAUCGCGGGCGAGGCGUCCCGCCUGGCGCAUUACAACAAGCGCUCGACCAUCACGUCGCGGGAGAUCCAGACGGCCGUGCGCCUGCUGCUGCCCGGGGAGCUGGCCAAGCACGCCGUGUCCGAGGGCACCAAGGCCGUCACCAAGUACACCAGCUCCAAGUGAGCCCGCCUGCAGCCGACCGCAACCCAAAGGCUCUUUUCAGAGCCACCCACUUGAUCGAAAGAGAGCUAUAACUACCAUUUUCGUAGCGGUGUGUGAAAGUGCAAGUCCUUUACUACAGCUUGAGUCCUCAGGAAUCUAACCAAAGGAUGUUCCUGGAGGCAAUGCUAGAACCGAGGAUGGAUUUGAAAGGUAGCCUUGAGGCGAAAUACAGUCCUAUGGUGUAAUGCCCAAAAGGGCUAAUUCACCUCUCUUUCAGCCUAGGUUCCGUUUUUCCCUAAGCCUCAGGAUGCUUGAGCCUCUGGAAGCAGGCAGGACAGAACAGCAUUUGGAUAAUAGAUGGCCAUGCUCCAGUUCAGUUUUACUACUUAUUGUGACCUUUUACACAAACUGAUUUCUCCAUCAUCAGAAAAAUGGGGGUGAUACUACCCACCUCAGAACUGUUAUUGGGAUACUAUGAGUUGAUUUUUGGACACAGAGCAUUGUAUAAAUGCUGUGAAUUAUCCUGAGCUAUGUAUUAUUUUCCCUUAUAUUCUAAGAUUUUUUUAAAAUUGAAAUAAAAAUGCAAACUUUAA